GGGUGUUCGCUAUACAAGGUCUUGAAUCAGGUCACAAUCUUAACUGAUACGAUAUCUAGAUGAAAUGCUCGGAUGCAUCUGUGUUAACUUUUACUAUUAUUUUUUUUGUAAUACUUUUCCUAUUUAAUAUUUUUUGUUUCGUGCAUUAGUCUAAAAUAAACAUUUCUGAUAUAGGAAGUUUUUAAUCAAGUUUGCAGGUCCUCUCUCAAAACACACAGUAGGAAGAAAUAAAAAAAGCCUAAGUUGGCGUACACAAUGAAAACACUCAUAAGAUUGGUCAAGUUUAUUAGCUGAUAAACGCGCGAAUCAGAGGAUGGAGGCAGGAAAAUUAAAGCGGAUUUAUAUUCAAACCUUUUUGCUGACAGUUGUCUUGAUAACUCCAGCAGAUUUAGUUCCAGUCUCUAAUAAUAAUAAUAAUGGUUCUUCAAGUCUGGACUGCAACUUUGACAAUCAAACAACAUGCAGCUGGACCACACCAAGUUUUUCUUUGAUACCAUUUACAUUCUUAAGUAACCACAUUCAGGAUCACACCCAGUUGUCAAAACAAGGUCACCCACUUGUUGUUGAUACUAGCUACACACCACAAAAUACAACUUUACAUCUGCAGUCUGGAUUCAUGCCACCAACAACUAACCUGGUCUGUUUCACGUUUUGGUACCAUGUAGACAAAUCUGGGCUAUCAGACCUGUCAUUAUCAUUAAUCAAAGGGACAGCAACUCUCAACAUCUGGCAAGUAGACAAUGAAGUAGUAUAUCGUUGGCGUUCAGCAAAUGUUAAUUUGGCCAGUGAUGUCCCAUUUCAGUUGCUGUUUAAUGCCACUGCUGGUAAUAGGAUUUAUGGGAGUGUAGGUAUAGAUGACUUAAAAUUGAAUAUGGGACCUUGUGCUAGGAAAGAUGUAUUUGAUUUUGAAAAUGGCUACCAAGGUUUCACAAGAAUGUAUGAUAAUUCGUUUGACUGGAUGCUGAAGGGCGGGGGAGAGACCAGAGCCAGAAAUGACCACACGUUAAUGUCACCAUAUGGUAAACUUCUGUAUGCUGACAUGAAGAACCAGUCUAAUGGAUAUUCAUCUAGCACCAUUAGCAGUUCUUUCCCUCCUGCCAAUGAAGAAUGUCUGUACUUCUGGUACAUGAAGCUUGGUGGAAACCUGAGCACAUUUCAAGUCUUUGUCAAUCAGGAAAUACAAGGGGCUGGCCUUGAACUGCAGAAUAUCUGGGCAGUGAAUGAGCCUGCUAUCAGCUGGACCAAAGUAUUUCUUGACAUUUCCUCAAAUGUACCUUAUCGGAUAGGUUUUCAAGUUAUGGUUGGCAGUGAUCAUUCAAACGAUGAAGUUUUCCUGGACGAUGUUAAAUUCAGUACUGUGCCAUGCCCACAAAAACUGGACUGUGACUUUGAGGGCAGCUUUUUGUGUGGCUAUCAGUCGUCGAAGACAGGAGACAUUUUCUGGCACAUUCUGAGAGCUGAUGAUCCGAACAGUGUUAUACCAAUUGACCAUAGCACACAGUCACGCCUAGGAUCCUAUAUGCAAGUCAACUUUCCUGCUACACUGACCAGCACUUUGAGCAUUGAUCUUGUCAGUCAGCCUAUACCAGCCAUUGAACGAAAAUGUUUGACCUUUUGGUAUGCUAGUCAAGGAACAGGUAAUUUAAGAAUUUUACUUAUCACUGAGUCCUACCAGAACAUGCUACUGCUGAAAGCUGUGAUUGAUGAUAUGAAAGACAAAGGAGAACGAACAUGGCAUUAUCUAGAGACGGACAUCACAGAUGUGACGGAUAUGUUUAAUAUCACAUUCCGGAUUGAAGGCUUUCCCUGGUCAUCCUUUGCUAUUGAUGACAUUCAAGCCAUCUCAGGCUCAUGUGGUCAGCUUCACAAUGGAACCAAUAACACGAAUGCAGCAACAGGAACUGGUCUUGAUCCAAAACAAAUUAUAUUGGGCUGCGACUUUGAAGAUGGCUCACUAUGUAACUUCACAAAUGAAGACACAAGGGGCUUUGAGUGGAAGAUUUUUUCUAGAAACUCUACACAUACCAAAGGAACUGGAUUAGAUUUUGAUCACACUCUCAACAGUAAUUAUGGUAAGCAUAUUUACAUGGAUGCUAGUGGCAAGCAACCAUCCUCACUGGCUUACCUUAAGACAGGUAACUUCACAGGUUAUGCUCCCUGUGUCAGCUUCUGGUAUGGCAUGGCAGGGAUAGAUGUCAAUAGGCUCAUAGUUUAUGUUCGACAGCCAGGCCAAUAUGACAGUAUCAUUUGGACAAAAUCUGGCAACAUUGGCCAACGCUGGAACCACCAGAUGCUUCAGUUGACUGCGACAUUUAAUGACACGGGUAGCAUGGUGCCGAUGCAGGUUAUCUUUGAAGGCGUAGUAGGUCAGAGUUCAGUAAGUGAUAUUGACCUGGACGACAUUUUUGUAUACAACCAAGACUGUCCACCCAGCGAUUUCUGCGAUUUUGAAGACAGUACAUUGUGCAAUAUAGACCAAGACAAUAUGGACAGUGGGAACUACAUCUUGUUUCAGAAAGCCGGAGACAUCAAAAACAGCUAUGCCCUGAGUUCGGACCACACAUAUCAAACUGGUGAAGGUCAUUAUGCCUUGGUGACAUUUAGUGAUGUGCGUACUGGGAGCAAGUCUCGACUUGUAUUUCCUAUGAUGGUCAGUGACAGUGUCCAGUGUCUAAACUUCUGGUUCUAUAUCAACAAUCUGCCAUCAUUCCCCGACUCACACAUUAUCCGAGUUCUGGCCAGAGAUGAGAGAGGUGUUGAGACAGUGGCCGCCAAACUGAGUGGACGGGACGCGGGUGACUGGACCCCAGCACAUGUUUCAGUUUCUCAUAUCAUCACAAAGAAACUACAGAUUAUAAUUGAAACUGAAGCACAUAGUGGAUUUGGAACCAUAGGACUUGAUGAUAUUCAGUUCUCCCCAGACGAGUGUUACAAUGUGGUGAACUGUCAGUUUGAAUCUGGCACUUUGUGUAACUGGCACCAGGACCUGAUGUAUCCCACUCCUCCCUGGCAAGCUGUGCACAAUGAGACCGACCCUGAUGGCUACUACAUGUCUGUGCACUUCACUGAUCAACUCCCAGAAAGACCCGCUGUGUCUGCUGUUGUUUCAGAGUUGACCCCAAACACCACUCUGGAAAAUUUUUGUUUUAUGUUCCGUUAUAAAAUCCUUGGCAGUAAUACUGACUUUCUCAAUGUCAGUCUGUUGGAUGUCACAAAACUAGAUCAAUCCAAUGCUGUUGUCCAGAUCUUUAGUACAUAUGGUAAUCAAGGCAACAACCAAUGGAAUAGGGCCUUUGCUCAGAAACCAGAUGGUUUUAAAGCUGCCUUUUUCAAGUUUGUUAUUGCUGCUACUUCCGCUAGUACUUCUGCUUCAGAUUUACAGGGGCAGAUAAUGGUGACUGACAUACAGUUGUCUCCUCACAAAUGUACAGAUGAAAGAAACACAACUUUCUUCUGCUCGCAAAACACAAAGAUAACUCUGGACAACGUUUGUGACUUCAGAAAUGAUUGUCCAGGUCCUCAGCAUGACGAUGAAAUGUAUUGCGGAGCCUGCAACUUCGAGUCCAACUUCUGUCAAUGGUUGGAUGAUGGUACGGGAUCAAGUCACUUUAUGCUGGGUCUAAACUUGAGCAGUACACAUCUUCCUGACAACAAUCAUGGCAGUGAUGGAGGUAACUACUUGUACAUUGAAGGCACACCUGACUCCAGCCAGGAAGAUAUUGAUUUAGUUCUAACUCAAGCUCUUGGUCCUUCCCCUCCAUCUUGUUACCUUCAUUUUCACUACUACGUGAACUCAGAGCCAAACAUUGCUUUGGGAGAUCUUUUGGUGGUGAUAGAAGAAAAUGAUGAAGAGACGAUAGUGUGGCGAGCUUUGCGAGUGACUAGUCCAGUCUGGCAUGAAGCGGAUGUCCCCAUCGACAACAUUCAUUCUCGCUUUAAGAUUCACUUUCGACUCAAAAACCUAGCCUACCAGCAGUAUGUAGCUAUAGAUGAUGUCAAAUUGAAUGGAUGCUCUUUUAAAGAACCAGCAGUGAACGUAACCUGUGAUGGAACUCAGUUCAAAUGUAAAAGCAGUGGAGCGUGUCUAGACUCGACUCUGCUGUGUGACUUCAAUCAAGAUUGUUUGGAUGGCAGUGAUGAGGAGGACAACUUGUGUAAAUCCUAUAUAAUGGAUGACUUUGAACACAGCCUUGGUAACUGGCUUCAAUCUUCUAACGAUGAUUUUGAUUGGUCACGACAUGAAGGCCAAGGGGUCAACUUGUAUAAUGGUCCAAGAAGAGACCACACUUUAGGAACUCAUUUUGGUCACUACAUGCUGUUAGAGGCUAGUGGGCACAGGUCAGGUCAGACAGCUCAACUUUUAAGUCCUGUGUUCGCACCUACAGUACAGAGUGGAUGCUGGGUCAUGUUCUAUAUCUACAUGUUUGGACCAAACUCAGCAGACUUCAGACUGACCACUCGGGCAUCACAAACUGGUGCCCACAAUGUGUUGCUUGAGAUAAAUGAAGGAUUUAAAGAUACAUGGUGGAGUCAAAGAAUUCACCUUCAGUCAACAGAAAAUUUCCAGGUGGUACUGGAAGGCAUCACUACAGGAGUCUCCUCCCUUAACAUUGCAGUCGAUGAUAUUUCCUUUACACCACAAUGUCACUUGGCUGCCAGUCAGACUCUCCCUGUGGGCCAGCAGACAUCAACCCUACCCCCAAAGUGUCCAGAGGCUAUGUUCACCUGUAAUGCAGGCAGCGUCAAGUGUAUCAACGCCAGUGAAGUCUGUGACUUUGUGGCUCAGUGUGAGGACAGCUCUGAUGAAAGAGAAUGUGGUUCUUGCACAUUUGAAACAGAUGAGUGUGGCUGGUUUGAUGAGAGUAUAGGUAACAAGAUGUGGACCCUGGUCAAAGGUGGCUCUCUUGGAUCACCACUAGAUGACCACACCUUUGGAAUUCCUGGGGAAGGCUCGUAUGUGUCAGUGGUGGAUGGACUGGGAGAUUCUCAACUCCCUGCCCUAUUGGUAGGGCCAACAAUGCCUUCCAUGGGAGCUGAUUGUUCCAUGAAUGUUUAUAUCCUCAAGGAAUCUGGAAACAUCAAUGGAACAAUUGAAUUAGGACUCCGGGAUGGAAAAGAUCCAUUUAAAACUGUUGUCACAUCAGUCCAAGUUAAGUUUGGACGUGGUCACCCUGUAGGACAGUGGUCAAAGUAUUCAUACCACAUUGGGUCACUACCUGCAGGCUAUCAGGCCUUUAUUCAGGCAGUGAAUGUCACCUCUAGACAGCCAGGCUUGACUUUCAACAUUGAUGACAUUGUCUUUGAGAACUGCCAACAGAACGCUACAGCAAAUAUCUCCAGUGUCAACUGUGACUUUGAAAGUGGCUGGUGUGGCUACUUUAAUAACUACUCACAGAACGGGCAGUGGUUGCUGGCCAACAAGGACAUGACCUUGACCAAAGUGGGACCAGAACAUGACCACACUACAGGCAGUGGUUACUUUGCUUAUGUUAAUCUGGAGUCUGGCUACAGGUACAGAGAAGUGACUGGCCAGCUCGUAACAGGCCUGUUAGAUCCUGGUACCAUGAGAAACGGAUGUCUGUCUAUCUUCUACCACACAUUUGGUACAUUGAUUGAACUGGAUGUCUACAUCAUUCAGGGCGGCGUCUCUCAGCGCCUUUUUACCCAGUCACACACAGAGGACUCGUGGAAGCUUGGACAGGCUAGCAUCACGCCCACGGGACUUUUUCAAAUUUCAUUUUUUGGUAAAGGGACAAUGACUCAAUUCUAUGGACAUAUUGCUUUGGAUGACAUCACACUGGACAGUGGCCCAUGUCCAGCCACAAUGGAAUGUAACUUUGAACUGGACAUGUGCGGCUACUAUCAGAGCACCACUGACCAACAAGACUGGUCAAGGAUACAGGCUAGCUCUGUCUCUGAAGGUGACCCAACGGUUGACUAUACAACAUGGACUCCUGAUGGUCAUUACAUCAAAAUGAGUGCUGGAACUCCUGGUGACCACUCUGUCCUGAUCAGUCCAUUGUACUCUGGUCAGUCUGGACUCAAGUGUCUCACCUUCUGGUACUAUGUAGAGCUCGGCAAGAAUGCCAGCAUGGAAGUUUUUUACUGGCCGAAUGGAUCGAGAGAUCAUAGCAGCAGCAUUUGGACCAGUGUUGGCUCAUUCCCAAGAUGGGUGUUUGCCCAGUCGACAGUCAAUGUCACUUCCCAGUUCAAGAUUAGUUUUGAAGGUAGAGUACCUCUCUUGGGGGCAACUAGCUUCAGUGUAGAUGACAUUCACAUUGAAAAUGGACAGUGUCCACCAAUUGCAUCCUGUGAUUUUGAAAGAGAUUCCUGUGGAUUCACAACUGAUCUUUAUUAUUGGUUACGAAGUCGUGGUCAGAUGGGUCCUGGAGAUCCACCUGUUGACCACACCACAGGCACCAGCAAAGGUUUCUUUGUGUCCUUGUACAUCAAAGAUGCUUUCCAUGGAGGUCAGUUUGAGCUGCGCAGCCAGUGGAUAAAUGCUACUCAUCCAGUGUGUGUGUCUUUCUGGUACUACGUGAGCUCAGCCAGUGCUUCAUUGUUUAAUGUCCUUGUGUCGACAUCAUCUCUGGAGGAUCCAUUAGACAGGCAGGCAGUGUAUAAUCUGACAGCCCUACAGUCAGACGAGUGGCAGAAAGUCCAAGUCACUAUCACAAAAACUGAACCUUACUAUUUUGUCAUAGCUGGAGUUGUAGUCCAGUCCAAGGAUGGAACUCUGGCUCUCGAUGAUGUGUUGGUCAGUGAUGGAACUUGUGAUCAGAGAAUCAUCUCCACCCUGCCUCCCCCAGAGACGAAAACUUUCCCUCCUAGCUCCUUAGACUGUACCUUUGACUCACUGUGUCAGUGGACCCAGAGCAGCAGCGACAACUUUGAUUGGAUGAUUACGUCCAAGAGUCCAUUCAAGUUUUCAGGAAUGUCCUAUGACCACACAAGUGACAGCUCUCAAGGUUCUUUUAUCAUGACUAAUCCAGCCACUAAAGUCAGUGGUCAGUUUGCUCAGUUGGUCAGCCCAGCAUUGAAUGACCUCAGUAAGGGUCUUUGCUUCAAGUUUUGGUACUUUAUGUCAGGUCCAUCUGCUGGGAGUUUAAACGUCAAACUAUUGAAAGACAGUCAGACUGCCAGGUUAUUAUGGCAUAGGGAUGGUGAACAAGCAGAGGAUUGGCUGUAUACUAAUAUUUAUGUUUCACCUGAUGAACUGACCAGUGGUCAGCCCAAAGUGGUCAACCUGGUCCUAGAAAACAUAUUAGCCAGUGAAUACCCAGAGGACAUAAGAAUUGAUGAUGUUUCAGCUAACUCUGGUCAAUGCUGGGAAGAAAUGAAACAUUGUGACUUUGAGAGUACAGACCUGUGUGGAUUUACUCAAGAUAGUUUGGAUAAUGGAGACUGGAUUUUGUCUCAAGGCCAAAAUGCAUCCAAUACUUCAAUUCCAGGUCCACUAAUAGAUCAUACAUAUGGUACACCAUAUGGGCAUUAUCUCUACAUACAAGGAUCCCAGUUCAAGCCAUUAAACAGGGCUGGUGUGAUAUCCAAAACUCUUGGACCUGUUCAGAGUAGCUGCCUGAGAUUCUACUAUCAUAUGUUUGGAGAUAACAUGGGUACCUUAUCCGUUAAACGCCUCACAGAAGAAGGGGAUGUCACCCUGAUGUGGAGCAGGGGAGGUAACUCAGGGGACACUUGGAGAAGUGCGUACGCAGCUCUAGAAUCGGGCAUCAGCUUUCAGCUUGCAUUUGAAGCAGUGGUCAAGUCCAGUCAGCAGGGAAACAUUGCAAUUGACGACAUUAGUAUCUUGAACACCGCCUGUCCUCAGCCAGCAUCAUGUGACUUUGAGACUGACCUUUGCUCUUACCAGAAUGUAAAAGACGCAGAUGACUUUGACUGGCUGCGUCACAGCGGUCCUACUUUGAAUGACGGCACUGGGCCAUCCAGAGAUCACACCACUAACACAUCCAAUGGUCAUUAUAUCUACACUUUGAAUGUGCUAAGGCAUCAUGGGAAAUCUGCCAGACUUGCGUCUGAAAUAUUACCGCUAACUGAUGGCAGUUGUUUGAGCUUUUUUUACCACAUGCAAGGUCAAGGAACUCUGUUAAUCUGGCUGGACUUCAACAUGAAUCAUCUCCUCUCCACCAUUACAGAAAACACAGGUGACCACUGGAAGCAGAAGUCACUCAACAUCACCACUGACACUGAGUUUGUCAUUAUUUUUGAAAGUCAGAUUCUGAUCGAUGGUCAAGCUGACACAGCCGUCGAUGACAUCAGCUACACGCCAGGCUUGUGUACAAGUACGCAGGAGCCGCAAAUGUUUGUGUGUUCCGAAGAUGGAAAAGCCAUUGAUUUGAAUAAAAGGUGCAACUUUAUUAAAGACUGUCUGAAUGGCUCAGAUGAAGUCCAUUGUGGCAACUGCUCCUUCCAAAGUGACCUAUGCGGCUACAGAGAAGUGAGCAAAGGCAGUUUCCACUGGGUCAUUGCCAGCAAUCACACAAUGAAACAUUCGUCUCUAACCAGCGGUCUGGGCUAUGACCAUACACUGAAUUCUCCCUAUGGCAAUAUGCUGUUUGUUGACAGUCUAAGUGGUAGAGACAUGGCCGUAGCAAUCCUUGAAUCACCGCUACUUCAGACCUCCUACAAAACAUGCCAGUUAGAGUUUUAUUACAAGUUUUCAGAGCCUCUGGCUGGGGAAAUCUCUGUGGGGUUGAAGUUUGAUUGGUCCACUGGUCUCUUCCCAACAAGCUUCUCUCAGAAUCGAGUGUACAAUCUGGACUCCUGGCAUCUGGCUCAGGUGGACAUUGGUUACGUGGCAGACAGUUUUAACAUUCUCAUCCUGGCCAGGAAAAGUUUUCUGAGCCGAGGGACCAUAGCCAUCGACGAUAUUAGUCUGGUCAACUGUGGACCUCCUCCCCCUUCACCUCUAGUGUGCUCGCUGUGGUCAUCCCAGAUGCCUGGCUUUCAGUGUGCCAAUGGCUACUGUGUGGAUCAGAAAGUUGUCUGUGACCUGACCCAGGACUGUGGAGAUGGAAGUGAUGAGAAGACUUGUCAGAAUGUCAAGGCCUGUGACUUUGAGAACUCGCUUUGUGAUUGGAUUCAAGAGUCCAGCACUGACUUGUUUUGGAGAUUUGGUACUGGCGUCAACCAUGACACACCAGUGUCCAGAGAUCAUACUCUGGGGAUGGCUAGUGGUCAUUACAUAUAUACCAGUUACUCACCAGGGUUGAGCUUUCAAGUAAGGAGCAAGGCGCGACUUGUCAGUCCUGUGUUCCAAGCCUCGGCAUCAAAGACAUGCCAGCUGACUUUGUAUUAUUACAUGUUGAAAAACUUAAACAACAGCUUGACACUGAGUGUCAGUCUUAGGACAGCCCAAGGUGGCUAUGAGACCAAACUUUUCUCCCAUUCAAGGGGGGACUUCACCGGAUGGGAGCGCUACGUCAUCCCCAUUAUUUCCCCUCAAAACUUUCAAUUAACUCUUGACGUUGUUCCAGGAACAGGAGCCAAGGCUCAGGCGAUAGUAGCCCUAGAUGACCUGGUGUUUAGUUCUGGAUGUCAGGCUGUUUUUACCCCACUUCCUACUCCUGGCUACACUCUAACCACUCAGCCUGUGACACCUUUCCGAUGUUUGAGCGGUCAGCACCAGUGUCCAGAUGGGAAGUGUAUACAGGCCAAGUUUGUUUGUGACUUGAAACCAGACUGUGCUGAUGGGUCAGAUGAAACUGAUUGUGGGGCAUGUGAGUUUGAAACUGGAGCCUGCGGCUGGUACUCAACAAGUACUGGUAGUCUAGACUGGGCUCUGACUACACCAGAUGUCAUGGGAAAAGUAGGUCCAACAGUGGACACCACUUACAACAACAGUACUGGACAUUACCUCUAUAUUAAACCAGCCUAUGGACUUGGUGUUUCAGCUGCCAUGAUGACCAGUGGUCCUCUACCUCCUAUCAUCGGAGCAUGUACGAUAACUCUGGAGUACUAUGGGAACCCAUCUAUUUCAGGACACAUGUCUCUGUUGAUUAAUGACCAGGGAUCAGCCAUUCCUUUGAUGACAGUUCAAGUUGACCAGGCUUCAUCAACAGGAUGGCAGCUAAGAACUUACAGUUUUGUCAAAGAUGUGGAUGAAGGCUCUCAACUAAUUCUCAAGUUUGAUGCUGAUAACAUCAAUGGUUCUCAAAACGUCGCUGCUGUAGACAGCAUUAAAUUUCAUGGAUGUUCAAAGCAAGAAGAAGUUGUCAGCUUAACCUGCGACUUUGAUUUUAAAAAUUUGUGCUCCUGGAAACAGUCUUCUAAGGAUGUAUUUGACUGGAUCUACUCAGGGAGCAAUGUCUUCACAUCUAAUGGUCCCAAGAGAGAUCACUCUUUUAUGGGCUCAGGGUAUUACUUACUGGCCAGGAGUCUCAACCGGCACCAAAAAGAUACCACAGGUCUACUAAGUCCUGAAUUGCCACCCAGCGGACCGAGCGGAAACUGCCUUAGUUUUUGGUACUUUAUGAAUGGAGCUGAUGUGGGUUCCUUACGAGUAGAAACAUAUAGUGAUCAAGUCAAUAACAUUCUAUAUGAACGAGUGGGAAGUUCACCCAACCAUUGGAUCCAAGCUUUAGUCCCUGUGAAGUCAUUGGACGCUUUUAGUCUAGGCAUCAAGGCAGAAGUGACCGGAGGCUUCAACGGAGACAUCGCCAUAGAUGACAUCCAGUUCAAAGAUGGCGCCUGCGCCUCGCCCAAUGAAUGUAUGUACGAAGAUAAUAAUUUCUGUGACUGGUAUGAGAAAGCAGGGGACACUAUCUACUGGGCUUUGGGAAGCAAGUCAACAGCAAUAGGAUCCAUUCCCCCUGUUGACCAUACAUUGGACACAGUCAAUGGUCAUUUUGCUUAUGUAGAGACUAUAACUCCAGGUACAGCUACUCUAAGAAGUACACUUCGGUUGACUUCAGCUCCGACUGCAACUCUCUGCGUACAGUUUUGGUAUCACAUGGUCAGUGUCAAUUCAACGCAACUUAAUAUAUCUGCAACGCUGCAAGAUGGUCAGACUAGAAAUUUCUUAAGUCUUCACGGACCAUCCGAUGAUCUUUGGAGAAAGGCCAGUGCUCCUAUCACACCCAUUACUGGGGUCUACGAGCUGCAAAUAGCUGCUGCGGUGCACGGAGGUGUUGGUCAUGUGGCCAUUGAUGACCUGCUCCUUCAAGAUGGUCACUGUCCAGCCCCUGGCACAUGCAGCUUUGAACAGGACAUGUGCAGCUUCACCCCCAUGUCCAGAGGUGGAGAUUUUGAGUGGGUGCUGCACUCAGAUGAGGCUGAAGACAACAGCUAUGUAUUCAUACAGGCCACUAACACAACGAACAUCAACGAUGCGGCCGCUCUUCUUAGUGAAGUCAUUAGCUUCAACCAGAUUAAGGUCAAAUGUUUGCAGUUCCGUGCCCAGCUCAGGUCGUCUCUACCCACCCAGCCCAGUUUACAGCUACACAUCUAUUCCAGAGACGCGUCCACCAGUUUAAGAAAUGAAAUUGAAACACUGAAGACGUUUUCACUAAAUAAAUGGACAGUUUAUCAGGUAGCGUUUGAGGUGCUCGGUGAUUUUGAGCUCUUCUUGGAGUCAGUCUACACAGGCCACUCUAUUGGUGGCCUGGCACUGGAUGAUAUUUCUUUGAAAGAUAACCCGUGUACCCCAACUACAGUCAGCCCAUCACAGACACCUAGCUCCUUGCCAGCCACAGAGCCAACUCAAAGGUGUGCUGGCAGUACGUCAUGCCAGCUUGUCCAAAACAGAUGUGCGCAGCAGUGUGAUGGAAUCAAAGACUGCACAGACGGCUCUGAUGAACUGAACUGCGUAGCCUUAACGGUAUCAACUUCAAAGUCAAUGAGUCAUGUGACCAACGAACAACAGAGUCAGAGUGAUGAGAGCAGUGAUUCCUGGAAGUUGCCAGUUGGUCUGGUGCUGGGUGCACUGUUUGGUACUGUUGUAACAGUUCUCAUAAUUGUGUUUAUAAGACGUAGAAGAAGAAUACCAUUCCAAGCAUUGGAGAGUGAACGGCUCAAUCAAACGUUAAGUAAUCCUGCCUUCAUGUAUGACACUGAUAAUCAGGGAAAGGCUGUAUCUGCAGAGAAUUUUCAUGACUUGAACAUCUAGUGGAUCAUAAACCUGAAACAGUUGUGACUGAAAUCAACGCUGACUCCCAACAUUAUCAUGGAUAAAAUCAACUUGACAGGGACUUAAAAACUGAAAGAUGAAAUCAAACUGACCUACUUGAAAUGAACUUUGCGAGCACUUUCACUAUUCAUUUUCACCAUUCAUUUUCACCAUUCAUUUUCACUAUUCAUUACAGAUUCAUAAAAUGCAGUUUUCACGUUUGUCUGCCUCUAUAGCUAAACUGAUUUCAUAAUCUACUGUCUUGUCCAUCUUGUAUAUAAAUUGUUAAAAUAUCAUUUUCUUG